CUGAUGACUAGACAGGUGUAGACAACAACCACGCCCUUUUUGUGCGUCUGCAAGCACAUCACCACUCGGCAAGAUCGCGGCCCUGCGCUGCCGGCCCACGGGCAUCGUCUACCAUGGCUGCCAACGUAUCUGCUCAUGACUCUGCUUUUCCAUGCUCAUUAGUUAUUCGCAUCCCGUUUCCUAGCAGUCGGUUAGCCAAGUCCGCGCACCAAGCAAUCUCGGUGGAUCAGGAGCUUUCUGCACUGGUCCAAAGAUCUUUCUCUCUGGAAAGUCGAGAUGUGCCUGCAGCCGAGGAACAAUCCCGCAACGAAUCGCCGCGAGUCAUCUUGCAGACUGUGUACAAAGCGACGACAAAUCGCAUGCUCCGUGUGGCUGUAAAUGGCUUCUUUGACUCCUUGGGGACUGUCAUCCAGGUCAUGGAGGAGCUCGACGUCGACGUUCUGCAUGGGAAGGGUCUGGAGGGACUGGAAGGUGUUCAAGGAGUGGAGCAAGGUAUGACAGGAACCACCAUCACUGGCGGAUGACAGCAUUGAAAUUAAACCUUUCCUCUAUGGCAACUUCCUCUGCUGGCACUACUAUUGUACCUCACUGGUUGAGGACAAUCAUUGAUUCUUAUAUCUACAUGGUAUCUGAAACAGCUAGUGUAGUCUCAUCUCGGGCUCAAGUCUCGUGUCAUCCUUGCUGUCAACCGCACAUGCAUGCCGAUUGCACCUCCCUUUCCCGACCCCAGAAGGACGUGCUGCACGUCAUACUUCUUCAUGGAUCAAUGGUGAUGCGAGGUUCUACCUCUUCACACCCGAUGUACGAAUAGAUGCUGCAAGGCAAAUUUAUUCCUUGCCGGCCCAUUC